AUGAAUUUGCAUACUCUAGAAUGCUGGAACGGCAACACUGUUCAGCACCUUUUCGUUACGCUCAAACAAACUGAGAGCGGAGAAAUUGCGUAUAAAAUUACCAACAAAAGCUGCCCGGGCACGAAAAGUGAAUCCGCUUUUAAACUAUCUUGGUGGGCUGCGCGGGAUUUUUGCACAGAACGGCAAAUGAAAUUAGUUAGUUUGCAGACUGAGGAAAAAUCCAAGCAAUUGAAUGAUUUCCUCCAAGCACACAAUUUAGUUGACUCGCCUGAAUUGGGUAAUGAUUUCAUCUACUGGACCUCUGGCACCGAUCAAAAGCAUGAUGGAAAAUUUGUUUGGAACGGUGCUGAAAAUGAAGAGUUUACGUUCACCAAUUGGCUACCUGGUAUGCCAGACAAUUGGCGUGGUGACGAGCACUGCGUAGAAAUAGGCUUCAAAGAAUUAGGCAAAUGGAAUGACAAUCGCUGUCGUUACCACCGACACUUCAUCUGCGAAGUUUCACAUCUUGUAAAUGCGGGAAUAGUAAAGGACAUUUAAAUUGUUACAAAAUAUGGAGCGCUUAAAUGAAUAAAUUGGCAAUACUUAUAUAAAGACCAGAUAAGUUAUUUUCGAUCUAGUUAACACUGCAAUGCUGCACUUUUGUAUGCACCUUUUACAGACAUAUAUAUACCUAUCUUUAGUAUUAAUAAAAAUA